AUGUCCAAUAUCGUUGGUAUCGAGUAUAACCGUGUAACAAACACAACAUCAAACGAUUUCCCUGGUUAUUCGAAGGAAGGUGAUAAUGAAUGGGAUGUGGAAAAAUUUAAGAAUACGUUCGAUGUCCAGAUAGAGAGUCUUACCGAAAGGGAAGCUAAUUUUGACCUGAUCCACAUUGAUACUUCGAUUGCUAAUGCUUUCCGUCGUAUUAUGAUUUCCGAAGUGCCCUCGCUAGCUCCGGAACACGUUUACUUUCUGAAUAACACUUCUGUGAUCCAAGAUGAAGUGCUAGCACACAGGAUAGGUUUGGUUCCCUUGAAAGUUGAUCCAGAUAUGUUGACUUGGGUGGACUCUACUCUGCCCGAGGAAGAGCGAUUCACCGAUGAGAACACCAUCGUUUUAACUUUGAACGUUACAUGCACAAGAAACCCAGAUGCACCAAAGGAUUGCACUGAUCCCAAGAUCCUAUACAGAAACUCUAGUGUUUAUGCCCAUGAUUUGAAAUUCGAACCACAGGGUCGUCAAGCAGAGCUUUUCGCCAAGUGUCCCGUGGUGCCAGCAGACCCAGAUAUUUUACUGGCUAAACUAAGGCCCGGUCAGGAAAUCUCUCUAAGAGCACAUUGUAUUUUGGGUGUUGGUGGAGAUCAUGCUAAAUUUUCGCCUGUGGCUACUGCUUCGUACAGACUAUUGCCACACAUUAACAUCACGAAACCUAUAACGGGAGAGUCUGCCAAGAAAUUCCAAAAAUGUUUCUCUCCUGGUGUGAUCGAUAUUGAUGAGUCUACUGGUGAAGCUGUUGUGAAAGAUGCGAGAAGGGAUACAGUCUCUAGAGAGGUUCUAAGACAUGAAGAAUUCGCUGACAGUGUAAAGCUAGGGAGAGUGAGAGAUCACUUCAUCUUCAACGUCGAAAGCACUGGAGCCAUGACACCAGAAGAAAUCUUCUUCAAAUCGGUGAGGAUUUUGAAGAACAAGGCGGAAUACUUGAAGAACUGCCCGAUAACCCAAUAG